AUGGAUCACUCGGAGCUUAUCGCCGAGCUUCCCGAGAUUGAAAAGAUGACGCCUCAGGAGCGGAUAGCACUCGCCAAAGACCGAAGGCGAUUGCAAUUGCGGCGGAAUGAAGAGCGCGAGCGUUCGCUGCCGCCGCCGCGACCGCAUCGGCCGAGAUUGAAAUUCUCGUCGGAAGUCGAACUUCUCGAGGCAACCUGUCGCGCUGAUUAUUCAGAAGUGGAACGGUUACUCAACGAAGGGGCUAAUCCGAAUCUGCACAACGACGAUGGUUUGACACCGCUUCACCAAUGUGCCAUCGACGACAAUCAGCAGAUAAUGCUGCUGCUCCUGGAGCGCGGUGCGAAUGUAAAUGCUCAGGACACCGAACAAUGGACGCCUCUUCAUGCAGCUGCGUGUUGUGCUCACAUCAAUAUCGUUCGGAUAUUGAUUGCAGCCGGAGCCAAUUUGUUGGCGGUGAAUGCCGAAGGAAACAUGCCUUAUGAUAUUUGCGAUCAUGAGGAGACGCUUGAUGUGAUCGAGAGCGAAAUGGCCGCCAGAGGAAUAACUCAGCAAUACAUUGAUGAAAUGCGGGGUGCACCGGAAAAAGCGAUGCUCGAUGAUAUGAAGGCGCUUCAUACACAGGGUAGGCAGUUGGACGCGAGAGGACCAGACGGAUCGACAUAUCUUCACGUAGCCGCUGCAAACGGGUACUACGAUGUGGCAGCAUUUCUACUUCGAUGCGGAGUUUCGCCUCUAGCAAGAGACAAUGAUUUAUGGCAGCCGGUGCAUGCGGCUGCGUGUUGGGCCCAACCGGAUCUCAUUGAGCUCAUCUGCGAGUAUGGUGGCGACAUUCACGCAAAAACUAGCACUGGAGAAUCACCUAUGGAACUUUGCGAAGAUCCGACGACCCGACAAGUGAUUCAGACAAUUCUGCAAAGCGAGGCUCGAAGGCGCCGUUUGGCGUUCGGAGUUCGCGACAGUCGCCGACAAAGCAAGAAGAGGAAGAAGUUCGAGUCGCCUCAACAAGGAGCCACUUCCGGCGACAACCCGUUUUCGGCUCGUGGUGCAAUUCGACGCCAAUCAUUGCGAGACCGCAGCGGCAUGACACCAGCGCGAAUCGAGGCUCAAAAAGAGGGAGCCGAUAUAUUACGGUCUUGGUCUAAAGAAGACGUUUCGACGGAUGCGCACAGCACGGGAUUGCAGCAACAGCAACAGCGGGAAUCGCCAACGAAACGGGUCCUUAAGAGUUCACAACACAAACAAGCGAAACCAAUGUCACCGGACGAAUGGUUGCGGAAGCUCGAUGCGAAUGGUGCGAAUGACGAUGAUUUGGAUACGACGCCGAAGCGCGGUGGAAGCACGAGGAGAAGGCCGAAGAAGACUGGAGGGCACAACGACUCAUCGGAUUCGCGAAAUGGCGAACUCAAUCGCCACAAAUCGACGUGCUGCUGCACAAUUUGCUAA